UCUAUUAAAUUAAAAUAUCACUUCCAAAAAAUACAAAACUAAAAAUUUCAGAACAAGAUAGAGAGAGAGAGAGAGAGAGAGAGAAAAGGAGAUUACAACCACAAUGGACGAUUCAAACACAAGAAGCCAAACUAAGAAGACGAAGAAGCUUCAGAAAGACAAGAACAAGAACAAGAAGAACAACAUCCCUACUGUUUGGUUCUCUCUCAAGAAAUCUCUCCACUGCAAAUCCGAACCAUCCGACGUCCACGUCCCCAAAUCCACAAAACACCUCACCACAAUCUCCACCAAGCGCAUCUCCACCGCCAACUCCUCCCUACCCUCCGCCGGAUGCGGCGGCGGCUUAUCCGGAUGCUCGAGAUCGAUAGCGAAUCUCAAAGACGUGAUCCACGGGAGCAAACGCCACUUCGAGAAACCGCCGAUAAGCAGUCCUCGCUCCAUCGGAAGCAACGAGUUCCUCAACCCCAUAACCCACGAAGUCAUCCUCAGCAACUCCACCUGCGAGCUCAAAAUCACCGGCGUCGGAGACAUGGCUUCGCCCGCCGGAGCAACGGAAUCCGGCGGUGGCGGCGGAGGAAACGGACGGUCGACGACUUUUGUGGGGAUGCUGAGGCCGGGGACGCCGAUGCAUCAUCUGAACCACUCUGCUUCUCACCGGAGCCAUGCUUCGUCGACGGCGGCGAAAAAGGGAUCCUUUGCUUCGUCGGAGAGAGAGGUAACAGGAGAAGGGUUUCACACAAAGAGGAGAGUUUCUUUGGAGAUGAACAGAGACUCCGCCGUUAACGGAGGCAAAUACUCUGUUUCUUGCCAUAAGUGUGGUGAACAGUUCAACAAACUCGAAGCUGCAGAAGCUCAUCAUCUCUCUAAACACGCCGUGACGGAGCUCGUAGAAGGCGACUCGUCGAGGAAGAUAGUGGAGAUAAUCUGUAGAACGAGCUGGUUAAAGUCAGAGAACCAAUGCGGGAGAAUAGACCGUGUCCUAAAAGUACACAACAUGCAGAAGACACUAGCUCGGUUCGAGGAGUACAGAGAGACGGUGAAGAUCAGAGCGAGCAAGCUCCAGAAGAAGCAUCCGAGAUGUCUCGCCGACGGCAACGAGCUGCUCAGGUUCCACGGCACCACCGUGGCUUGCGGUUUGGGGAUAAACGGGUCGACGAGCCUCUGCACGGCGGAAAAGUGCUGCGUCUGCCGGAUCAUACGGAACGGGUUCUCGGCGAAGCGGGAGAAGAAUAACGGUGUUGGGGUUUUCACGGCGUCGACGAGCGGGAGAGCGUUUGAGUCGAUUUUGGUGGAGGAGGGAGAUGGGGAGAGGACGGUGACGGUGAGGAAGGUGUUGAUUGUGUGUAGGGUUAUAGCCGGGAGAGUUCAUAGGCCGGUGGAGAAUGUGGAGGAGGUGAAUGGGUUGAUGAUGAGUGGGUUUGAUUCUUUGGCUGGAAAAGUUGGGUUGUAUACAAAUGUGGAGGAGCUUUAUUUGCUCAAUCCUAGAGCUUUGCUUCCUUGCUUUGUGGUAAUCUGCAAGUCUUAAAAAAUAUUUAGCAUUUUUGUUUUGGCAGAAAGGUCAAAAUGUUCUUGUUAUUUGUUCAUAAUUUCAGUUUUUACCAUCUUGUUCCGAAUUUGUUUUCAAGGUGAAUUUGGAAUUUAAAUUUUUAAUUUUCGGCUA